AUGGGGUUUCCCAGAGCUGCGAAGCUGCUAAAAACUCCCUUGUGCGUGUCUGUUGUUUGUGUCGCUUGCCUGCAGGACGAGUCGAAGCCGCCCUAUUCGUACGCCCAGCUAAUUGUUCAAGCUAUCUCCUCGGCCCAGGACAGGCAAUUAACACUAAGCGGGAUCUACGCCCAUAUCACCAAGCAUUAUCCGUACUACAGGACAGCGGAUAAAGGUUGGCAGAAUUCCAUCCGGCACAACCUCUCCCUGAACCGCUACUUCAUUAAAGUCCCGCGUUCACAAGAGGAACCCGGAAAGGGCUCUUUUUGGAGGAUAGAUCCUUCUUCAGAAGCCAAGCUGGUGGAGCAGGCGUUCCGGAAACGGAGACAGCGGGGGGUGUCCUGCUUUCGAACACCUUUUGGGCCUCUCUCUUCCAGGAGCGCCCCUGCAUCACCCAGCCAUCCUGGCCUGCUGUCCCCCCACUCGAGUGGCCUGCAGACCCCGGAGUGCCUUUCCAGGGAGGGCUCGCCCAUUCCGCACGACCAUGACUUUGGCUCUAAGCUGGCCUCCGUUCCAGAGUAUCGCUAUUCACAGAGCGCACCUGGUUCACCCGUCAGUGCCCAGCCGGUGAUCAUGGCUGUCCCUCCUCGGCCAUCUGCCCUGGUGACCAAGCCGCUGGCGUACAUGCCGGCCUCCAUUGUGACUUCUCAGCAGCCAUCCGGCCACGCCAUCCACGUCGUCCAGCAAGCCCCCACUGUCACAAUGGUGCGGGUGGUGACCACCUCGGCAAACUCAGCCAAUGGAUACAUCCUGACGAAUCAGGGGGCGGGAGGCGGAGGCCACGAAGCGGCAGGAUCCAUUCUGGACUUGGCCGGUGAGGCCCGAGGGAUGGAUGAGAAGCCAACCAUCGCGUUUGCGGCAAUACCCACCGCCAGUCGAGUGAUCCAGACGGUUGCCAGUCAGAUGGCUCAGGGUGUCCCGGGACAAACGGUCACCAUCCUGCAGCAGGCAGCCCCUGUGACCCUCGGACAGCAUCAUCUGCCUAUCCGGGCAGUGACCCAAAACGGGAAGCACGCUGUUUCCACCAACAGCAUAGCCGGUGGAGCUUAUGCCCUCACUAAUCCGUUGCAGCUCCUCGCAGCCCAAGCCAGCUCCUCCGUGCCUGUGGUCGUCAGCCAGGUGGCCGAGGCUGGAACUAAGGAUGGCGCCGAGGGUCUGACUGAGCUGGAUGUCAAAAGACCCCGGUUGGACGAGUCCAGAGGAGUGGCUCCGUUGCAGACCACUGGCGGUGUCAUCACUUCGACCACCCCACAGGGCCAGGCUGCGGGGGAAUGAGAGCAGAAAUGUCCCGAAAGGCAGAAUGGGGUCAGAAGGGGUGGGGAGGGGGAAGCCGGGGGGGGGGGCUGCAUUUGUAACACCGUGGCCUUUUAGAAGAAAGGUUUGGAGAGAUCUUCUUUAUAUAAGCAUGUAAAGGGCAGACCGGCCAUUUGUAGAACGUCACACCGCGAAGGGAAAACCUCCACCCAUCUGUACCUGGGUCUCUAUUCUGUCGUUCAAUCUGGGGAUCUUUCUCCACCCCCACCCCCACCCCCCUUUUAGAUUAAAAGAAAUACAGACACUUUUGAUUGUA